CCCAUUUCAGCCGCAGCGGGGGACCGGCCUUCGGGUCAUCGGGACGGGCAGUGAGGCUAUUCGCUUGGUAUGCCGCAUGCGAGCUCUACUAUCGUCUUUUAGAUGCUCGUCUCACACGCCGCGCGUUCCUUCCUCUGUAAUGCAGUCAUGGGUGUCUGGGUCCAGAAGGCGAGUGCGUCCGCCUUGGGUGUCUUCUCCGUGCCUCCCCUCGCCGGCCAGUCUCACCGUCCGGGCCCAGACCUUUUCCAUGCUUUCAGGCUUGUGACCACAAGGUGACUCGGAUGCAGUGUGCUGAGUCUUUGCUUUCCGUGCUCGCAUAGACUAUAACAGCAGUCUUUUGCCUAUGAAAAAGUCCCUAGAGUUGUCUUACACUCGUUUCACACGUAUCUCCACUCAAACAGCUCACCUAGUAUAUCCGUCAGAACGUCUGGUUCUGAAGACUGGUGCCUCAAGAUGCACCUCCGCUCGUUUCAUCCUGCUAUAUUAGCAGCAGCCACUGCCUCCGCAACCAAGAUCCUUCUGCCCUUGUACAUCUAUCCAAUCCCACUGGAUAGGUGGGGCAGCAUUUACAACGCCAUUGAGACACAUCCGUCCAUCGACUUCCAGAUCGUCAUCAACCCAAGUUCCGGACCCGGCGGGUCAACUCCAGGAUACAACAACCACUGGAUCUCAGCCGUCUCCAAGCUGCAUGCCUACGAAAACGUAGACACCUUGGGCUACGUGCGGGUCGGCUAUGGGGCCAAGGCGCUGGCCGACAUCACCACGGACAUAACCAACUGGGAUGGGUGGAAUCACUACACGGCAGCAGAUAUUACACUCGAUGGGCUCUUCUUCGACGAGACCCCUAAUUGGCAAGGCACAAAGGGUGCAAACGAUGUCUCUUUUAUGCAGCAGCUCGCUGAGCUGGCAGACCGCGGUGGGUACAGCAAGGUCUUCAACCUCGGGCAGGCUUCCAAUCACGACGAGUACUUCAGCAUCGCCGACACGGUCGUCAUCUUUGAGAACUCGGCCGAGUGGUAUAAUGACACCGUGCUGGCCACGGCCGCGGCAAAGGGCGUCGCAGACAGGUCCGCCGUGCUCAUCCACCACUUCGCGACAAGCGGGUUGACUUCGGGAUACGCGGUUAGGUGGGUUGUGGACAUGGUUCGCAAGGGUCUCGGGAGUUUUGCCAUCAUCAACUCGGACUGGAACAAUGCAAACUCGGAUGUGGCGCCGAUGGGGAUCGGGAUACUGGCUGACAUGCUCGAGUCGGUUCAGGGUUAUUGACCUUGGAGACCAGGGUGUCUUGAUUGUUUUGAUAAGAUAAACUAAGUAGAUAGUCUUUCUACACAGUUGUACAUCGGCAGCCUCCCGAAAGCCAAAUUAGGAUUUUGCUGA